AUGACAGGUGGGAGCCAUCUGUACAUUCAGUUCGACAGCGUCAAAUCCGUGCGCAGCGGCUGUGCCUUCCUUACCUAUUGUGCCAGGGAUUCUGCCAUCAAAGCUCAGACGGCCCUGCACGAACAGAAGACCUUGCCCGGGAUGGCGCGGCCAAUCCAGGUGAAGCCUGCGGACAGCGAGAGCAGAGGAGGCUGUGCAUUUGUAAAGUUCUCGUCCCACACUGAGGCUCAGGCAGCCAUCCACGCCCUGCACGGCAGCCAGACCAUGCCGGGUGCCUCCUCCAGCCUGGUGGUCAAGUUUGCCGACACAGACAAGGAGAGGACACUCCGGCGCAUGCAACAGAUGGUCGGUCAGCUGGGUAUCCUGACGCCAUCCCUCACCCUGCCCUUCAGCCCGUACAGUGCCUACGCCCAGGCUCUCAUGCAGCAGCAGACCACCGUCCUGUCCACUUCCGGCAGCUACCUGAGCCCUGGCGUGGCCUUCUCACCCUGUCACAUCCAGCAGAUUGGCGCCGUCAGCCUUAAUGGGCUGCCUGCCACCCCCAUCGCUCCUGCCUCUGGGUUGCACUCGCCGCCGCUGCUGGGCACCGCCGUCCCCGGCCUGGUGGCUCCCAUCGCCAAUGGUUUUGCUGGAGUUGUGCCCUUCCCUGGUGGGCACCCCGCCCUGGAGACCGUGUAUGCCAAUGGCCUUGUGCCCUAUCCAGCUCAGAGCCCCACCAUGGCCGAGACGCUCCACCCUGCCUUCUCCGGAGUCCAGCAGUACACAGCCAUGUACCCCACCGCGGCCAUCACGCCCAUCGCGCACAGCGUCCCCCAGCCGCCGCCCCUCCUGCAGCAGCAGCAGCGAGAAGGUCCCGAAGGCUGUAACCUGUUUAUCUACCACCUCCCCCAGGAGUUUGGCGACACGGAGCUGACGCAGAUGUUCCUACCCUUCGGCAAUAUCAUCUCCUCCAAGGUGUUUAUGGAUCGGGCUACCAACCAGAGCAAGUGUUUCGGAUUCGUGAGCUUUGACAACCCCGCCAGCGCGCAGACCGCCAUCCAGGCCAUGAACGGCUUCCAGAUCGGCAUGAAGAGGCUCAAGGUGCAGCUGAAGCGGCCCAAAGACCUGGGACACCCCUACUGA